AUGACCGAACCUGAUAAAAUGGACGAAUAUAAAACGAAAAUGCCUUACGGCUCUCGUUUUGGCUACAGAACUCCACCGCCGGAAUUCGCGAAGUCUUACGUCGAGCCUCUAUCACCUGUCCUCGGCCCUACAAUGCCUCCCUCUUCUAGGAACGAUGAGCCUCCUUCACAACAAGUACCAAACAAUCUUCCGCCCCCCCCUCCGCCUCCUACAGCGUCUCUUUCUUCCGCCCCUCCUCCUCGACAAUCACUAUUUUCGUCGUUCGCCACGGCUUCGCGCUAUAACAUGGAAAACACUCCCGUGGAUUACGAUCCUAUGCAGAUGUUCGCAGACAUUGCGCUCUCAACUGCUCCUCCAAGCUUUAUAGCUUCACGGUCCCAGUCGGCUUCGCACGCGCCUACGGCAGCACCGCCCUCUAAUUUGCGCUCUUCUUCAAUUACCUCCUCGUCGAACACGAGCGGUGUUCUACCCGCAACAUGGUCUGCCGACGGGUAUCCGAUGCGAAAUGGGAGCUACAAUACUGCUUAUCCCCCGCAGAAUGUCCACGCGAUGAAUAAUGAUAGCUUUCAUACAGCGUAUAUUUUUGAGCGCCGAACAUCCGCUACUCGCUUAGAGCCGCCGAUGAAGUCGCCGGUGAUGGUCAAGACCCCCGCACCCGGAGGCGAUAGCUACCUUCAUUCUGCCCCGCCACUCGGCCGGGCAGCUUCCCCGCGUUCUCAACAGCUAUCAUUCCCUCUGGUCACUGCGGGUUACAGGUCGGAACGUUCAAACAAGGGGCGGGCAAAGAAAGACGCGAAAGAAAAUGCCACACCAAAAGAUACGGGCACCGGAAAGGGUGCGGGGUCAUCGCGUGAGGGCCGCGGAUCGCGUAAUACUUCUUCCCGUGGACGUGGCUCGGCUUCGAAUCGUCAGAACUCUCGCAAGAGUCGUGCUCGUGCUUUGAGUCCUAUUAAAGACAUUGCCGAGACUGAGAAGCCCUCCCAGGCCAAGGCUCAGCUGGUAGAGAGCAAGAUCUCGAAUGUGAUAACUGUCAAUGGUGGGGUUCCUCAAACCUCCCCAAUACGGCAGAACUGCUUGACAACGGCUGCAAUUGAGUCGACGGAUCCACCGAGUCCUUCGCCCGCAUAUUCACCCUUUCCUUCUCGUCCCAAUUCGCCGGUUUAUGAACCUCCAGAAGCAAUCACACUCGAUUCCGAAGAUGUUAUUCAUGUCAAAGAACCAUCUAGCGUUGCUAUUACCGAACAUGUUCCGGUGGUGAAAGAACCUGAGAAUACACCCGAUGCUCAGCUGGCUGCUGAAGACAGUGUAAUGAAGGAUCUGGAAGAGUCUAUUGUAGUAGAAGCUCCAGUUGAUAGAAACAUCAGUGAGGUCCUUGAUAAAGAGUUGGCUUCCAAGUCCACAGAGGAGGAGAAGUCUAUUUUUAGUAAACCAUCACCUGAUAGUGGUGCCAUCGAGCCAAGUCAAGAACAGAUUGAGGCUUCUAAGCAGGAAAUUUCCAUAUCUGAAGAUGUAGAGAUGCAACAAAAUAUUGCUGAAGAGAUGGAAAUAUCAACCCUCAAUGAUAAAAUACCAGCCAUUGAACCAAUUGUAAACGACGCCAUACCUAGCUCGAUUUCUCCAAAUGAAGAAGCCGUAUCAACUGAAGAGAUCGCCGAGAAGGCCAGUGUGGAUAUCCCUACCGUUGAUAUCCAGUCAAUGAAUACCGAGGUAGAAGAGGAGAUUGAAGAAGAAGAUUUUGUUAUCAAAGAGAAUGAAGAUUUUGAAUUCGCUCAAGCUGUUGGUAACGAGCCAAUUUUCGGUCUUGGCGACUCCUUGAAUAAUGGUCUUCCUGUGACUGCAUUCGAUUCUUCCCAAGAAGCUGAACUCGGUGGUUCCACUGCUGCCGGCCCUGGACCAAUUCAGGAAGAGCUUAAGCAGCUUUCCAUCCUAUCACCAUCUGGCGAGUUGUCUCGUGAACCAGGGGAUCCUGAUAACGAGAUAUGUGGAGAAUGCGAUACGAAGUAUCGAGACUCAUUUGACGACACAACAGUAAAGAGAAUCGAUAAGUUCUACUGUGCUCCCUGUGAGCCUAAGUAUGGCAAAUCUACAAUGAAACGUACAUCAACUCGUGCAACAACGGCGAUUGAUUAUAACGCGCUCCAUAACGGAUCUUCUGCUCCAAUCAAAAACCCUAAUGACAGUAAACUCCACCCUUACGUGGCUAUAAUUCGUGAUCGUACGCACACUUUCGCUGCCGAUACACUCCCUCGACUACGGCCUGAACAAGUUACUGUUGAAUUCAUUGACGAUAUGCCAACCGGAUGGAAUCAGCCUUUUGUUGUUCCGGCAACCGAAAAUCCUGCGCCCUGGAUUGAUUUUAGCGAGGACAAUAAGCCGAAAAGUGAGCAGCCACUAAUCGAGCAGUCCUCAAGUCAGCAGCCACCACGUGAGCAAUCACGAAGUGAACAAGAUUAUCUCAAUAUGUCAAUAACUCCCGAGCCUGGCUUCCCUGAUGUUCCAGCUGAGAGCCAUCCUGUGCAACUACCAGCGCCGCCAGCUCCUCCACGCUCUCCAAUCGCGAACCAGGAUCCAAGGGGUAGUAAGAAGGGCAAAGGGAACUCCCCAGAAAUGACUCUUGAGAAUGGCGACUUUGACCAGAAAGAAGUCAAUCGUAUUAAGAAGACUCUAGUCGAAGGCGAGUAUGAUGUCAAGGAACGCCGCGAGGGAGCCGACUGCCUCGACAUGAUCAUUCCCAAGGGCCUGACUGUUCGCAAGGUUGGGGAACUUAUUGGAGCACAGAUGAGAGUUGAGAUGAUCAACGUUCUUCGCCAGUCUACUACAAGGGAUGAUAAGUGGAAUAUGGAGGAACUGGUCAGUUACUUCGAGAGUAAAGAACGUAAUGAUAUCUACAACUGUAUCAGUUGUGAGGUGACAAAUACUCCACUCGGGGAGCAGAUUUCACGGCCGGAGGUUGUCAGGAAGUUAGAUCUUUCCGAUAAAGUCUGGCGUCGAUCAAAUGAUAGCGAUGUGAAGCCGCAUGUGGGGAAAUAUGUUCUCAUGUCCGUUGCAGAUUCUUUUACCGAUUUCCACAUUGAUUUUGCUGGUUCAUCAGUGUUUUACCACAUCUAUGAAGGACAAAAGGUCUUCUUGGUCCUUCCGCCAACCGAAAAGAAUCUAGAGAUUUACGAGCAGUGGUCCAUGAACCCCGAUAUGAACACAACUUUCUUCCCUCGUUUGUGUGACGAUCCGUGCAUGCUUGUCACGCUUAAUAAGGGAGAUACGAUGUUCAUCCCAUCUGGGUGGAUCCACGCUGUGUAUACUCCAAAAGACAGUCUUGUCAUCGGUGGCAACUUCCUCACUCGCAGCCAUUACACUAAACAGAUGGCCGUUCAAAAGAUCGAGGUCGUGACCGAUACCAAACUUAGCCAGCGCUACCCCAAAUACACAACUCUUAUGUGGCACACUUUGUAUUAUUAUCUCACCAAAGAUCCCAUCCCCAUGGAAAUUGACAAGGCCCUCGCACAUGGUCGUGUCCUCAGGCAAAAGGGGGCUCGGGCUCAGAAAGGAAGGCCAGUAUAUACUCGACAAGAGCUCGAAGGCCUUCCCGAUCUCUGCAAUUUCUUGCUUAGAACCGCUUUGAUUUCUUGUGGCUCUAUCAAGACUUCUCUCCGCCCCGGAAGACCAACUUUAACUGCCAGACAAGUCGACGCUGUCAAGCGUGCAAUUCCCGCUCCUUGCAGCGACGAUCCUUUGGAAUGGAUCAAGAGAUUUGGUCGUUGGUGUAUCUGGAAGCGUGUAGCACACAAGAUUGAAGCAAUCGGCGAGAGAGUUCCCGAGUGGGCACAAGGGAAAUGGAUCCCCGAGGAGACGGUGAAGAGAGGCCCAAGCAAAGCAGAAUUAAAGAGACUUGAACGUUUAAAGAUCGAGGAGGCCAGGAGGGCUGAAGCGCCAAGGCGAGAAGGUCUAAGGGUCCGAAUGAGGGCUUCCACUACACCUGGAGAUAGCGAGUCCAGCGGGGAAGCAUCUACAUCUAAAUCACAUGGAAACACCAAAACACCCAAGAAACUCAAGCGCAAGGGUGAAGCCGAUAUUGAGUCUUCAAACAAGAAGAGAGGUCGCCCAAACAAGACGCCCGCUAAGACACCCACCGGGUCCAAGAAAGCCACCACCGAAGACUCCGCCAAGAAACGCAAGACUAAAGGGAAAUCUAGUCACACGGUCGAAGGGGGCGAUGGAGAAGCGUUUACUCUUAAGGAUGGCUCUAUCUAUGUUGCUAAGGAGUCAAACCUUGGACCAGCUAGGGCUGGCUGCCAAAACUGCCGGAUGAAGAAAACCGGGUGCAAGCACAAAGCCGAAAUUGCUGAGCUUGUCGCUUUGUUGGAAGCUAAUGGAGGUGUUAUGCCGACCACAGGCGACUCAGAGAAAGGCAAAAGUAAAGCAACGGUCAAGAAUGAGGUUGAAGAUGAUGCUCCGCGUGAACCAGAGGAGGGGGUCCAGCCUGAAGCUGAAGAUGAAGUCCUUCAUGAGGCUGAAGAUAGGGACCAGCGCGAGGAUGAGGCAGAAGAUGAAGGCGGCGAUGAAUCUGAUGUUGAGGAGGAAAUUGAAAUGGGGAAAGACAAGGGAAAACUUCUGGACCCUUUGAAAUCAAAACCAAUCUCCGACAGGGUUACUCCUACGCCAGGCCCGGAAAACGAGGACGAAAAUGAUUUUGUACAAGAAUCAUCUGGUGUAGGCUCAAGCAAUGGUCAAAAACGGGCUAGAACCGAAGGCGAUGAUCAUGAUAUGGAACUCACCCCGCCUAAGAAAGCCAGGGGUUCCAAAGAUUCUACUGGAGUUUCUGGCCGUCCUGCUGGAUUCCAAGGAAGAAAGCCUUCUUGCGAGGAGUGCAAGGCUCUCAAGACCAAAUGCCAUCAUGAUACUUGGCACCUCGCAAAGGUUAAGACUCCUAGCGCUAAGCCUUCAAGAAGUAGCGCCAGGAGAAACUCUACAAUCAUGCCUGCCAAGGUCACCACACCAGGCACUGCUAGUCGUGCGAGGAGGGAUUCUACCAUCAAUUCUACAAACCUUGGUGUCCCUUCUGCUUCUAAACCUGCCAAGGUUUCCGCAAGAAGAAAGUCUGCGCCUGCUGCCUCGAGAAGGAAGUAUGCUGUUGGAUCUCGUGCAUCCGAUCCUUGGCGCUCACUGGGAGAUGAUUCUGGUCGCCCUUCUAACUUCCUGCCCGGCUCUCAAGGUGAUGAGGCGAUUGUUGAUGAUGAGCAGGAAGAGCUGGAAGAUGUUAUCGUGUGCAAAAAGCCAAUGAUGGUGACGUCGGCAGUCAAAGUUACCGCCUCCGCCAUUGUUAAAAAUGAUACUCCACCUCCAGCGACUCCAACUCUCACUUCAGUCAUCGUUGCCUCAGGACCUCCCUCCACCCCGGCCAAAUCCAUUCCUCCUGUCGCCAUUUCUUCAACCAAUACUUCGCCACUUACCGAGAACGAAUUUGACUUGGACCUUUCCAUUCUAGACGAACAGCUUCCGUAUAAGUCGCGUUCCCGCAGUUCCAACACUCCAGACGAUCCCACCAUAAUGGCGCCGCCUGUCGAUUUUGAUGACGAACCUGUUGCUGCGCCAGUAACUCCCACUCCUGCCGCUGUUACUAUUGAGGUUACCCCGGCUGUCCCUACCGCCAAUGCAACAUCCAAUGCUGUGCCAGCUAAGUACCCGAACCCAGCAUAUAGGGUUCAUAAGCCUAAGGUCACCUAUAACCGAAACAAUAAGAACUACAAGAAAAAGGCAGAUGAGGAGGAGGAUGUCCUUAUGGAAGGUACGGCGGACAUAAAUAGUCCUAAAGUUGUCAAGACCGGACCAUCAAUGUCCCCAGCAGCCGAGAAGAAGCCUAGCAGUGGCACUUCAGUCAACGGAAGUUCUGAGGUUGUUGAAGAUGGUGAUAUCAGUGUAGAGGAGCUUAAGAGACUAGGAACUGCAGCGGAUUUUGGGUUGAGGCGGAGGGCUGGAUCAUAA